AUGGAAGGAACAACAAACAAAGACAUAGGCAGUGGGAGCUCCAGACCUGGUGGAGAGGUAAGUGUCAGCGACGAGAUCCAAAGAAGAUUUAUGGAGAAGAAAUGGGUAUGGGCUCCAAGCUCUAAGGAGGCCUACGUGUGCGGGUUCGUUGUGAAGGAGGAGGGAGAUGUUCUUGAGAUCGACUGCAGGGGAGUUAUUGUAAGGCACAAGAGCUGUGAGGUGUUCAGAAUGAACCCGCCGAAGUUCGACAUGGUUGACGACCUUGCCGAGCUGAGCUAUCUCAACGAGCCGGGGGUUCUCCACAACCUGAGGAGAAGGUACCAGAACGGGCGCAUAUAUACCUAUUCGGGGCUGUUUCUCCUUGCAAUCAACCCGUACAAGGACCUUCGGAUAUACGGGGAGAAGGAUGCUAGGAAGUACACUCUGAGCAAGAAGUAUGAACUGGAGCCGCACAUCUUUGCAGUUGCGAACGAGGCAUACAGACUAAUGCUUUCAAACAGGGAGAACCAGUCGAUUCUGAUUACAGGAGAGUCUGGGGCAGGGAAGACAGAGAACACAAAAAGAGUGGUUGAGUUUCUUGCUAUGGUGGGAGGCUGCAAGGGAAUGGAGGUCAGCAUUGAUCGGCAGAUAAUAGAUGCAAACCCGAUUCUGGAGGCGUUUGGAAAUGCACAGACGGUGAAGAACGACAACUCCAGCAGGUUUGGGAAGUUUAUCAAGAUCAAGUUCAACGGAGGCAAUAUAUGCGGAGCACAUAUCGAGAAGUAUCUUCUGGAAAAAUCUAGAGUGACGAGCCAGAACAGGAACGAGAGGAACUACCACAUCUUCUACCAGCUCCUUGGAUGUGACGAUCAGAUGCUUAAGAAGCAGCUGUUUCUGGAUGGAGAGCCAAAGGACUACAGGUUCCUUAAGGAUUCGCGAUUCAAGAUUCCGGAUGUCGACGAUGCAAAGGAGUUUAGGAGCCUCCGGGAGUCCAUGAGGGUCUUGGGGAUUGGAGAAGAAGAGCAGAUUGGAUAUUUCAAGAUUGUGUCUGCGAUUCUCCAUCUCGGAAAUAUUGAGUUUAGGGAGAAGGACGGGGCUGCAGAAAUAGCCAAUCUCGACGUUGCGGAGAAGGCCUGCAAGCUUCUCAGCAUUCCUCUUGCAGAGUUUAUCAAGCGGCUCAUCCACCCUGUGAUUAAGGCCGGGAACGAGUAUGUUGCGCACAGCAGGAGCAGGGAGCAGGCUCUUAAGAUUGUUGAUGGGCUGUCCAGGAUUCUCUACGACAAGAUGUUUGAGGGGGUGAUAGACCGAAUCAACAUGUCGCUCGACUCCCCGCACAAAGGCAACUUUAUUGGGGUCCUUGACAUAGCAGGGUUUGAGAUCUUUGAGAAGAAUUCGUUUGAGCAGCUUUGCAUAAACUACACGAACGAGAAGCUGCAACAAUUUUUCAACCACCACAUGUUUAUUCUUGAGCAGGAGGUGUACAGACAAGAGAACAUUGAGUGGGACUUCAUUGACUUUGGGCUUGAUCUGCAGCCGACGAUUGACCUGAUAGAGAAGAGCAAUCCGAUUGGGAUUCUGAGCUACCUGGAUGAGGAGUGUGUGAUGCCGAUGGCGACGGAGAAGACGUUUCUCGGAAAGCUGAUGAAGAACAUCCGGGAUGAGAAGUUUGAGGUUGAUAAGAUCCGGGAUGCUUUUGUUUUGAACCACUAUGCAGGGGAUGUGGAGUACACGGUUGACGACUGGCUGUCGAAGAACAAGGACUCGCACUCUGAGGCGCUGACGUCGUUGAUCCGGGCAUCUGGGAGCGAGCUGGUUUCAAGGCUAAGCCUAAACGAGGAGGCGGUCAAGAAAGGGUUUUUCCGAACUGUCUCGCAGAAGCACAAGGAACAGCUUGCAUCGCUGAUGUCUGAGCUCCGUAGAACAAAUCCUCACUUUGUACGGUGCAUAAUCCCGAACCUGGAGAAGAGUGGGGAGCACCUGGACAACGGAAUAGUUCUUGGGCAGCUGAAGUGCAAUGGGGUUCUCGAGGGAAUAAGGAUCAGCAGGCAGGGGUUUCCAUCGCGGAUGGGGCAUCGGGAGUUUGUCCAGAGGUACAGGAUAAUGAUGAAGGAAAAGAUCCUUGUUGACGAGUCCUGGGACGAGGGGGUGUGCAUGGAGCUUUACAAGGAGAUUGGGGGGAAGAUCUUAUCUGAGAUUGGGAUUAGUACAAGCCAGUACAGACUCGGGCGGACAAAGGUGUUUUUCAGGCAGGGAGUUCUUGCAGAUAUCGAGGACAUGAGGGAUGUCAAGGUUUCUGAGGUGGUGAAAGAGAUCCAGGCGCUUAUUAGAAGAAGGCUUGCAUUCAGGAAGUACAACCAGGCGCAAAGAAGGAUGCAAGGGAUUCUUGUUAUUCAGCGGAAUGGCAGGAUAUGCUGUGACCUACAGAGGUGGAAUUGGUGGAGGCUAUACCUGAAGAUCAAGCCACUGUUGGAUGUUAGGAAGAGGGAUGGGGAGAUGAAGGAGAAGGAAGCAAUGAUCCAAGAGUACGCGCGAAUGCUUGAUGCGGAGAAGAGCAGGAGAGAAGAGGUUGAGGAUAUGCUGAAGGCGAUGAGUCUGAAGAGGGAGUUGCUGGAGAAGAGUGUCGAGGAUGAAAAGAGGUUUUCUAUGGAAAAGGACGAGCUUCUGAUGGCUCUGAGAUACAAGAGCGAUGAGACUGCACAGGAGCUUGAGAAAGCCCGGAAGGAGGUUUUUGACGGGCAUGAGGAGAGGAAGAUGUGGGAGACACGGGUGAAUGAAGUGGCUAUACAACUGGAGGAGAAGGACUCUGAGAUUUUGAGGCUAAGAAGAGAAGUGUCGGAGCAGAAGGGAGCUCUUUCGCAGCAGGAAAAAGAGAUAUGCUCUCUUCGGGAGGAAGUGGUGAGCAAGCUGAGUGAGAAGGAUGCGAUGGUGGAGAAGAUGUUGCGGGAGAGAGAUAGCGAGGUUCAGGCAUUGAAGGAGAAAGUCAAAGAGAAGGAUGCAGAGGUUGAGAGGAUCCUCGAAGGUAUGAAGAGGAUGGAGAGGGAAGGCGAGGAAAGAAACAGGAUGCUGAAGGAGAACGAGUCAACGAUUGAUGAGCUCAGGACGAGGUGCUUGAAUAUGAAGAGAUGGAAGGAUGAGUAUGCAGAGCUACGAGAGGACUAUGAGGCUCUGCAGAAGAAGCUGAAGGACGAGGUUGAGGAUAUGCAGGUGGAGAACGAUAGGCUCCACAACGAGAUACGAAAGAUAAGCAAGGAACGAGAAGAGCUUGGGAGGAUGCAGAAGAAGCUCCUGGACGACCUUGAGUUUGAGAGGAACAGGGGAAGCAAGCUUGAGAAGGCAUUUCAAGAGCUUCGGGGAGAGUAUGAGGCUGUUGAGGGGCAGCUGCAGAAGGAAAGGCAGUUCCGAGAUUCGACACAAGAGUCUCUGCUGGAAAAGACGCGAGGCCUUGAAAGGAGGGUUAAGAGUCUCAAUGAAAAGCUGCGGCGCGAGGAAAUGGCGAACAGGCAGCUCAUGAGCGAGAAGGAUGAGAUGUACAGGGAGAUCCAUGUUCUGCAGCAGUCGAAACUUGACGAGAUUUUUGACAGGGAGGCAGGAUUCAACAGCAUCAAGAAGAAUCUUCAGAUGGAGAUCCAGAGGCUGGAGAUGGAGAAUCAGAGACUAAGUGUGGAUCUGAUGGAGGCGAAGUGCAUGGGGGAGGCCAGUGAGGAGAGCAUCUCUGCUACGGAGCGGUUCUGUGGGAUGCUUGAGGAGGAAAGGAAGAAGAGAAAGGAGAUUGAGUAUCAGGCGUCUGAGCAUGAGAACAGGAAUGUGAUACUGAGCAGUGAGGUUGAGAUGCUGAGGGAGAUGGUUGAGAUGGAGAGAAGAAGCAAGGAGGAGGUGAUUCGGGGGCAUGAGAAAGAGACGGGGCUGUGCAAAGCGAUUGCCGGUGUCAGGAAGGAGGUUGAAGACCUUGGAAAUGAAAUUGACAUGGCUAUUGAGGGGUUUAACGGUAUGUACCUGAAUGUCCUUGACGGGUACAAAAGGGAUCUCAAGGAAUGCAAGGAGCAGGUGAUGAGCAAGGAGCAGGUGAUUGAGGAGCUGAAUGGCCGGAUUGUGAGGCUAGGUAGGGAGGUUGAGGAGAGAAAGGAGAUUGAGGAGGAGAUGAGCAGGAAGGUGCACGGGCUAAUGAAGCAGUACAAUGGCGUGAUGAACGACUUUUCACUUUUAAGUACAAAGUGUAGCUCUCUUGAAAGGACGGUGUCUGAGAAGGAGGAGGAGAUUAAAGGAUACAGCGAGAGAUGCAGUGAGUACGACAAGAGGUUUGAGGGCCUGGUGUGCAGGGUUGAUGAGGAGAUUGAGAACCUUCGCAGGUCUGACGAAGAAAGGAGAAGGUGUGUGGAAAAGCUUGAGAGCGGCCUGAAUGGUAGCAUUGCAGGGAUAAGGAAGCUUGAUGAGAGGUACAAGGCACGGAUUGAGGAGUGUGCGCAGUCUGUUCUUGAUGGAGAGAGGAGAAAGCUCAAGGCGAUGGAGGAGUUAUGUGAGCAGCUGUCAAAGAAGCUUGGGGAGCUGGAGGAAGAGCACCAGGGCCUCCUAGACGAAAAGAUGAAGGGCUUGCUGAGGAUUGAACAGCUUGAGGGGGAGCUGUGUGCCUUCCGAGAGAGCGAGGUGCACAGGCAGGACAUGAUUUCGAUGUAUGAAUCUGAGAUUUCGACUUUGAAGCGAUGCACAAGAUUCAAGGACGAAGUUCUGGGGUCACUCAGCGGGGAAAGGAAUCCAGUGGUUGUGCAUGUCAGCGACAAGGAGAAGUGCCAAGUGCUGGACCGCAAGAGGAUGACUGUCGAGCAUGAGCUGGCAAGAGCAAACGACGAAAGGCAGUCUCUGAUGGCCAUUAACAAGAAGCUCCGAGAAGAAGUGGAAAAGCUCCGGGGAGAGAUUGAUGCUGGCAGGAGUAAGAUGUUGGAGAUGAAGAAGAAGCUAGGGUGCCAAUCGCUGGCCGUGGGCCACCUGAGUAGAGAGCUUGAGGAGGAGAGAGAGAUGGUGAGGUUUUUCAGGACUCUUGGAGGAGCACGGAAGAAAAAGGUGUGA